GACUCCUGCAAGUCCAUGCGUGGAGAACCUGCUUUUAGAAACAGCUGGCUACACUUGCCUGAAAGCUGGAAGAGGAGUCCUUUUCUGCCUUUUCCUGCUCCUAAGCUUGGUUAUCGCCUGACACCGUCUCGUAGCUACAUACCCCGAAGGGCUGUACUCUACGUGCCAGCUGACGACGAGAGGAAGAUACGGAAAAUCUCAUCUGUCGAUGUGGAUUGUGCUGUGCUGGAUUGUGAAGAUGGUGUUGCUAUAAAUAGGAAGGCAGAAGCAAGAAUGACUAGUGUGAAAGCACUUGAAGAAUUUGAGUUUGGUCGGACUGAGAAGUGUGUUAGGAUCAAUUCGGUAUCCAGUGGUCUUGCUGAAGAAGAUAUAAAGGUCAUUUUGCAAUCCAAGGUUCUCCCUACAAGCCUGAUGCUUCCAAAAACUGAAAGUGUCGAAGAAAUAAGAUGGUUUACAGAGAAAUUUGCACACCAUUUAAAAGGCCGGGUACUUGUAGAACCUAUGAAUUUCCUCCCUUUUGUGGAAACAGCAAUGGGCUUACUCAAUUUUAAGGAAGUUUGCGAAGCAACUCUGAGGAAAGGACCCCAAAUUGGCCUUCGCUUGGAUGGAGUCGUCUUUGGAGGCGAGGAUUUCCGUGCCAGCAUAGGUUCAACAAGUAGUAAAGAAACCCACGAUAUUCUCUAUGCCAGGCAAAAAAUUGUUGUCACAGCAAAGGCUUUUGGCUUGCAGGCCAUUGACCUUGUAUAUAUCGACUUUCAUGAUGAAGAGGGACUCCGUAAGCAGUCAAGAGAGGGUGCCUUAAUGGGUUUUACCGGUAAGCAGGUGAUUCACCCUAAUCAAGUUGCCGUUGUCCAGGAACAGUUCUCACCAAGCCCUGAAAAAAUUAUGUGGGCAGAAGAACUUAUCACAGCAUUUGAAGAGCAUCAGCGCAUAGGGAAGUAGAGACCAAUUAUUGUUUUUUACACUUUGAGAAACUUCUGGGUGUAAAGCUCAUUUGUGAGUGAAGUUUUCCAUGCUACAAGACUCCUUACAGAAUUGGGACACCAGCUGAUUGCAAAGUACAGGUGGAAAUUUGGAAUUAUUAUUUUUCAGAACUUAUUUUUGGACUGGAGGGGUUUUUUGGAUAGCAAAGAAAGCAAAUUACCUCUCGAAUAUGAUUGUUCCUAAUUUAGUGCAUCAUUGAGUCUCCUGUUUCCUGCUCUGUGGGUUUCUGCUAUGUAAACAUUGCGGUGGUGAAGCACAAUCUGUCUUCACUUUGUGCCAGUAACACUUAAAUUAGGGGUCGCCUGAAGGAAAAUUUUAUGCUCGUUGCAGCAUUGUCGGCUAAUUAUCUUAAAGGUUAUUUGCUAUAAUGUAGUUUGCCACUUUGGGGGGGGGAGGGGCAGGGGAAAGUUGCAAUUAAAUGUGAUUCUUCUAGCAAGAGCCAAAAUCUGAAAUGGUUAUCAAGCCAGCGAAGUUUCAGUGUCCAGAAGUGCAGCAGAGAAUGUGUGAUUCUUUCUGUGCAAUUUACACAAUAUUUAAUUGCCAAGGAAACAUCUUUAGCAAAUCUGAACGCGCACAAGAGAUAUUUGUGUGUGUAAAUGCAUAUGCACUUCUUCCUAACCCUUACAAAUCCCACUAGAUUGCAUUGCGAAAAUAUAUGGCGAUAGUUUCACAUGUUUCUAUCCUGCUAGUGCAUGCCAAAUGACCCAUUCCCGCAAUAUGAAAUCCACCAUAUUUCCAUUUUAUCAUCAAACCUACUCCUUAGAAUAAACUGAUUGCCACAUACCCAUAAGGAAGCUUCCCUUCUGUCUUAAGCCAUAGUUUAUCACAUAACUAAAACUCCAAUGUCAAACCCAGAUGCUAUAUUAAGGUUUAUAGAAAUAUCAAUUUGCAUAUCUUUCAUUUUGACCACCUUAUUUCAUAUGUUUAAAGCCUCUAAUGAGUGAAACGUUUUUUGAAAAUAUAUAUGCUAACAGCUUUUUAAUUUUAUUUUUUGCAUUUUCUCUGUACACCUGUUAGCAGCCAUCUCUCUAUACCCAUCUGUGUGUGUACAGUGCCAAUAGGGUGUACAUAUGGCAGCUAACAUUUUCCAGGGACUUAUGAAGACUACACAGAAAGACAAUGUGGGGAGUGAUCAAGGGGGCAAAAUAUUUAUAUUUACUGCUUUUGCACUGGGGAGCCAUAAACAUUUUCCAUAUGAAAAGCCUUGCUGGGCUAUCAUUUUAUACCACUACACACCUGACAUAGAAGAAACUUGCAUUGUUUUUCCUAAGUUCUUCCAAAGACUUUUAUACUCACCCCCCUAAUUGCUUCUUAGAUGCAGCAACUGAUUUGCAACGAUCUUAGAAUCAAUUGAGGAAUGUGGCACGCAGUUAGGGUAGUUCAGAAACACUUUUGCAAUGCACACAACCCUGUUUAAGCCUGCUGACAAUUGAAUGCAAUUUGUGGAAAUACGCAAGUUCUUUGCCACCCCACCUUUAACUCCCAGUAUUUAUAAAUAUGACACUGACCAUUCACUGUAGGAUUAAAUUUUGACCUCAUCAAAGCGAGUGAGAGCUCUGCCAUUGACUUCAGCAAAGAACUGUUCUCACCCAGUGAGGAGAUACAGGAUGCUGUUUGUUCAACAUUUCCUUAAAACAUCUUAUCAGUGUGUGUAUUGCUAUAUUGAAAAACCUGACACUUAAGAAGAAAUCUGGUUAUGUAUGAUUGCUUAAUUUUCCGAAAGAACUACUUCUCACAACAGGAGACAUGUGUGGCAUGUCCAAAGAAGGCAUUAAAUUUUUCAUCAUGAUUUGAGCCUCCUGGUCCUGAAAGGUUCUAGUUAUGUAUUGCUAAUAUAUUACUCUCUUUUCCUUACAAGAAAACCAAUGCAUAGAUACCACACUGCCAGCAAUUCUGCAGUCUCCACCUUAUUCCUUCCUGUUCCUUUCACGAAACCAAAUCUUUAAUUUCAGCAGAGCUAAAACACUAUUCUGGCUUGACACUGUUAAGCUUUCCAUGGUGUGUCUGUGUGUUAUUAAUCAAAACUGAAAGCCUGGAAAAGAAAACCUGAAAUGCAAAGGAUUAGAGUGACUAGUUUGCUCACAGAUAAAUUGCUGGUCUUGAGCCUCUGGGAUCACAGUUUGUUGUUAAUUGGAAGUUCUUAGUGAACAAAGUUCGAUGCCCUCAGUCAACAAUAGUUUAUAUUAACACACAGCAAUCGGGUAACACAAUUUAUCAGAGUUUGGAAAGUACAGAGCAGCCGUUGUUGAAAGAAUCCAAGCUACCCUCCUGCCUCUUAGUACUUUUUACUACACCAAAUCUUUCAGUCACCAAACGGAAAUCAGAAAGAAAUUGAGUAAAAAUAAAUGGCUAUUACAGUAACAGAAGAAGACUUACAUUAUGUUCAGGUAGCAACUUCAGAUUUGCUGUAAAUGGGAUUAAAAAAAUGUUUUUGUUUCUUUGAAUGUUGGAAAAAUCCAGCCCAUAAUUCAGCCAAACCAGUCAGUUACUUUUAACAAAAUAUUGAAAUGUUUAUACACUAAUGUAUCACUUAUGUCUGUGUUUCAUUUAUAUCUCAUAUAUUUCAUUAUAUGAGAUAUAAAUGAAUAUUUCAUUUACAUAGCUUCCCCCCCAUAUUGACAGAGAUCAAUAAACAAACACUAUAUUUCACCUGUAUUAUAGUACUAAUUUUGUUUAGUUCUCCCUUUUCCUUUGUUUUUUUUAAAGCUCAUAAAAACAUCACAGUAUAAAUUCUGUUCAGCUAUAAGCAAUACAGUGAUAAAUAUAUUCAGAGGUAAUAUUACUAAGCAUUUUAAAGAAUUUUAUUUGUAAUAAUUAGUACUGCCUUUCACUAUGAUAGCAAUGCACAACAGAAGUGCAAGAAUAAUUUUUUUAUUAGCAAAGAAUAUGCAAUUAUGCUUUUUAAAAAUAAAAAUAAAAUAUUGUGUUAUUUAUACAUGUUCUAUUCUGUUUUAAUCUUUAAUAGCCUUUAUAACUACACAGACUCACACCCGUUACCUUUUGAAAUAAAAUUUUAAAAUCUA